UUUAAAUUUUCCUUGCAUGUGAUUGGGCAUUCUUUGCAAAUGAAGCUUUACCUCAUUUACUACACUCUGGAGCAACUUCAAAGUGCACAUGAAUGUAAUGGGAGCAGGGGCGGACUGACAACUCAUGGGGCCCCCGGCAAUAGGGGAUCAUGGGGCCCCUGUGUCCUUGCCCAUACUCAAAAAAACCUAUGAAAAAGGUACCAGGGGCAUCUCAUGGGGCCCCUUUCUGACCCCGGGCCCUCGGGCAGUGCCCGAGUUUCCAAAUGGUCAGUCCACCCCUGAAUGGGAGU